AUGAGGUCGACUGCGCAAAUCGCGCUCAAGCUGCUGGCGCUUGUCGCCGUAGCUGGAGCUCUUCCUGCAGUUCUCGCCCACGGCAGCGACGACGAAGGCGCAAUGGAUGCGGGUAUGGAUAUGAGCAAGGAGGACCCGAAACCCGAUCCCGAUUCCUACCCGCCGACCUACUUCGCACAUACAGAGCACGUAGCCGAAAUAUAUGCGCACAUCGCCUUAAUGGUCGUCAGCUGGGUCAUAAUGCUACCAAUAGCUGUUAUGUUUUCGAUCGCACGAUCACGAUAUACGCUUGCGGUUCAGUUUCUCUUCCUUUGUACGAAUGCGAUAGGCCUCUUGUUAGGCAUUACCUAUAAUGCGAAUACCCCGGACUUGUAUCCCAACAAUGCGCACCACAAGCUGGGUUGGCUGGUUACGUGGGUUGUCAGCGCGCAAGUGAUCGUCAGUCUCAUAAGUCGCGUAGCAGGCAUAAUGGGCAAAAACGGCGCUGCGGAACUUGGAAAAGAGGAGGAACAAGCAUUUAUCCCAGUUUCGACGGAAGCUAUGGCUGAGCACCAGCGCAUCAACGACGCCCUAUUCCCGCACCGAUAUCGACAUUCAAACGACAGCGGACAAGGCACGGAACCGAACACCGAGUCUCUGCGAAGCAAUUCGGUAUCGACAGCUGUGGGUCAGGAAUCUCCUGUUGAGUUAGGCGACCGACGAGCGCACUACGAGGAUGACGAUGAUGAUCUUCAUUUCAAGCCUGCGGAGCUGCUACCCGCGAAACCUGCUAACUCAUUUGUCGCUAGACUUGCUGGCAAGAUGUCUAGCAGGGCCUGGAGAUUUUUAAUGUUCGGUUACAAUUUCAUUGACAGGACUAUUCUUAUCCUAGCUUACAUCACGCUAUGCACCGGUAUUAUCACAUUUGGACGUUUCUUUGAAGGACGUGGCAUUUUUAGUGGUCUGGCUCACUGGAUCAAAGGCGGCAUAUUUUUCUGGUACGGCAUUUUAACCCUCGGGAGAUGGUCUGGAAGUUUCGGCGAGCUGGGUUGGUCGUGGAAUGUCCGCCCGAAGCACAGCUCAAAGAAGUGGAGACCCACGGCGGAAUUUGUCGAGGGAGCUCUCAUCUUCACUUAUGGAUCAACCAACAUUUUCCUGGAACAUCUUGGCAAUGCUGGCAAGGAGUUCAGUCCUCAGGAUCUCGAGCAUAUCUCCAUCACCGUUCUUUUCAUCGGAGGUGGCCUGCUUGCUAUGCUAAUCGAGUCGACGAAAAUUCGCGAACUCUUGAACACCACCGUAUAUGAUGCAGCUCUCCUACAUCCAAGUCACGUGUACAACGAUGAAGAACGCGAGGCCUUGGAGAUGCCGAAGCAAUACGAAUUUUCCGUCAAUCCUAUCCCCGCUCUUGUAAUUCUGCUUCUCGGUAUCAUGAUGAGCUCGCACACGCAGCAGACAAUGGUCUCUAGCAUGGUUCACAAGCAAUGGGGUAACCUGUUAACUGGUGCCUCAUUUGCUCGAGGAUUCACGUAUGUGCUUGUAUACUUAAAGCCUCCGCGUUCAAUUUUGCCUUCUCGACCUCCGACGGAACUCCUGACCGCAUUCGGACUUAUCGCUGGAGGCACUAUCUUCAUGGCUAGCGCUAGCGAUACUGUCGAUGGAAUGAUCCAUUACAACCUGGAUGCCAUGUUCUUCUAUACGGUUACGAUGGGAUUUGUUGGUCUGCUCAUGGCUUGGGUUGUGGUUCUCCUAGCCCUGAAAGGCUGGGCCGUCCGCAAAGAAUCUAGUCGAUCUCCGAAUGCUUGGACCUUACUUUCCCACGUCUAA